GUCUAUCUGUUCACCGUCUCACUCGCAGACGUGUAAAUAAAUAGUCGCAUUCGGAGCAGAGGGCGAUCCUUCGCCGGCGAUUGAGAUCGGAAGCAGAAGCAGAGAUGUCGAUCUCGAUCGGUCGUUCUCCUUCCUCCACUGCUAUCCUUCCAAAGGUCUGCGACUGGAGAUGCUCCUCGCGAUCUACUAGCACCCCUUUUCACCAAAUCCCGCGAACUUUCGUGGGAGUUCGGAUGUCGGCCGGCAGUGCUUCAUCCCCCAUCGGCGCCAAUUUAAGCAACGAGCUGGAUGCUGUUUCGGGAUUCAGCGAGAUUGUCCCAGAUACAGUGGUCUUCGAUGAUUUCGAGAGGCAUGCCUCAUGCAGGUUCCCCCCGACAGCUGCCACGGUAAGUUCUUCACUUCUCUUGGGUAUUUGCAGCCUUCCUGACACCAAGUUUAAGAGUGCAAUAGAGACAGCACUGGCUGCUAGUGAAUGCUUUGGACUAGAGAAUUCUAGCGAAAGGUUAUCCUGCUUCUUAGACAGGGCCUUGGUGAAUGUGGGAGCUGAAUUAGUUAGGUCAGUCCCAGGGAGGGUUUCGACGGAAGUUGAUGCUCGGUUGGCUUAUGACACACAAGUCAUAAUUCAUAAGGUCAAUCAACUAUUGAAGCUGUACAGCCAAUUAGAAGUUUCUCCACAGCGUUUACUUUUCAAAAUUCCUUCGACCUGGCAAGGGAUAGAAGCCUCUAGAUUACUGGAAUUCGAAGGAAUACAGACCCAUUUAACAUUUGUAUACAGUUUUUCUCAAGCAGCAGCUGCAGCUCAAGCUGGUGCAUCUGUUAUCCAGAUUUUUGUUGGUCGUAUCAGGGACUGGGCUCGCAAUCACUCUGGUGAUUCUGAGAUUGAUGCUGCUAGCAAGAGCGGUGAAGAUCCUGGAUUAGCCUUGGUUGAGAAAACUUACAACUACAUUCACAAAUAUGGCCACAAGUCAAAGCUGAUGGCAGCUGCAGUUCGGAAUAAGCAGGAUAUAUUUAACCUCCUUGGAAUUGAUUACAUAAUCGUGCCUGUAAAGAUUCUAGAGUCUCUAAAAGACUCUGUUACCUAUCCUGAGGAAAAGUAUUCCUAUUUUAGAAGGUUGUCGCCUGGGUCUGCUAGGGUGUACAAUUUCACUGAAGGCGAGCUUAUGAAGUGGGAUCAAAGGAGUUUUGCGUCUGCAAUGGGGCCUGCCGCAGAGGAGCUUCUGGCUGCCGGACUCGAAGGGUAUGUGAAUCAGGCAAGGCGCGUGGAAGAGUUUUUUGGGAAGAUCUGGCCGCCACCCAAUGUCUAAGCUCAUACCUAUCUGAGGAUAGAGCUGCCAUUGGAUAGUACAAGUUGGCUGGUGAAAAUUGAACACGCCAGGUUUUCUUGGAUUAUUUAGUUUGUGUAUCAGCCAGUGUUUUUUCUUAACAUCCGUUUCAAGACAAAAUCAGUUCGAUGGAUUCAAUUUCAUGAGUCGAAAAUUAAAGAUCGUCCCAA